GGCGUGAUGUGCCCUCUACUCCAAUAGCUCGCUCACUAUGAACGAGGAUCUUGGGCGACUUACGGUGCCCGUGCCGAAGUGCAAGUAGUAUAUCAUGUUAGGAAGCUUGAAGGGGCAAGUGAGGGUGUUGUAUAUGUCAACAGCGAGCCUCGGCAUCAAUAUGCCAAAAUGUGAAAUUAAAAAGCGAUGGAUUUACUCUUGCCUCAGGACUUUUAUUUUCUAUUCGAUAUAAAGUCUACACUCCCUUAUUCUUCUUAUAGGCUGUCCUUAGCAGUUUAUGUUCAUCAUUCAUUCAUUCAGCCAUUCAUUCACUCAUUUAUAGAGCUUCCAAAACAUGCUUUCGUCCUGUGCAGCCUCGCCAUCCUGGCUAAAACCAGUCGAGCGAUGGCUCUUCAAGAGCCCAGAAACGAUGCCAAGUUGCUGCCACUCGCAGAGAAUCUCACCAAUUCGCGAAACAGCCCUAUUAGCGACGGCACAGACGACGCUGAACACCGAAAGCGCUUCAUGACCGCGCUGGACACUCUGAUAAACAACCCCGAGGACGAACCGGGCGACGCAAAGGGGCUGCUGGACUACCUGUAACAGGAGAUGGAUGCCAUCGCCCAAGCCGUUGCGAACGGACGAGACCUAUCCUCUAUGUAUAGCGCCGGCGAAGCUCCUAGCAAUGUAAAACCGCAAUGGAUGACUAGAGGGAGACGGCGGGAGAAUCUGCCUUCGUACG